AUGAAGCUCCUCUUUCCUAUCUUUGCCAGCCUCAUGCUACAGCACCAGGUGAAUACAGAACUUUGGAAUACGCCAAAAUGCUUAAUGGGUUUUGGAAAAUGCAAGAGCUCCUGCAACGAAGAUGAAAAAUAAGUUCAGAAAUGCAAGAAGAAAAAAUGUUGCAUUGGACCCAAAGUGAUCAAACUGAUAACCAUGUACCUGCGACACGAAAUACCCCAUAUACCUGAGAUAGAAAACGAAACGAUGCUAAUUGGUCACAUAGAUCCUAAGGUAAAACAAAACAAAUAUAUUUUAUCAGUUCCCCUGGAUAUCGAAAGCACCAUCGUUCUCCCCACAGGAUACACCAUUCACACUGCUACUCCUACCGAGAGAGACACUCAACAAACCAUAGGGUCUGUUGAUGCCUCUCCUCCACCAGAACCACCCUAG